CUCCAGAUUCGUCUUCAGGUUGAACAAUAUGCUUCAAGUCAACAUGUCUAGACAAGCGAGGCCCCGUACAUGCAAAAGCAAAGCUAUCCAAGAAAUUUCGACGAUCCUCAGUUACGAAAGCGAUGAGGAAUACCAAGAUUAUAGGGAUUGCGAACACAACUCCGACCUUAAUGUACACCAAAGCCAGCAUCCCGACCGGCAGGAAGCACAUCUGAACGAGAGGCUAGUCCUACGCUUCCCCAGAACGAUGUGGAACAGCUAUUCAAAAAGUGCAUCACCGAAACCAUCGCACGGGGCAUCCGCACUCCAAUUCUCACAACAUGUAUGGAACUCGUAUGAGCGACCUUCUUCACCUGAGGCGUCUUCGUUUGCUAGAUCGCUCACCCCGCAAGCGCCCCGAGAAGUGAAGAAGGAGGAGGAGCAGGAGGAGGGAAGUCCCGAUUGCAAGACUAAGCUGUUUAGCUUUCAAUAUGGUGGCGAGGGCCGUUCGGUGUCUGGGAGUAACGCCAACGAUAUCGAGUUGAAAGGUCCUUGUUUCGAGGAUGACUGUCUGACUUGUUCUCAAUGGAACUUUAACAGAAUCGUUUUCAAGUACCAAACAGGUUCAGGGUUGACAGUGAGGACCAAAAAUGAAGUUUAGCAUUACAUGGAACUGCGAGAUGUACAUGAUAUGUCUUGCGACUCAGUCAAC